AUUAAUAAUUAAAAUCACUUUUAUUUAGUAGUACACUGUAAUUAGAAUAAAUUUAGGACAUGAAUAAGUUCAAAACUAAAAUCGAUGUUUCACCAUUUGAAGUGCAAGAGAUGAUAUGCCGGGAUUGGAACACAACUUUGGCUUUUAUACCAAUAGAUCUGUGUACGGCCUAAUGUCCGAUGGUGUCGCUUCCGAGCAAGUGAAAAAAUUUUUUUUCACAUCAGGCAAAGUAUCGUCGAGAAGUGAAAAGAACGAGAUUGAUGAUACCCUCGAAGUUUAUAUCCCUGAGUUACUUCAAGCAAGCUACAGCUUUUAUACUUGGCCUUCAGCACCAGUUUUAGCCUGGUAUUUAUGGGAACAUCGAAAAGAACUUCCUGGUAAACGUAUUUUAGAGCUUGGAUCAGGCACAGCACUUCCUGGUAUUGUAGCUAGUAAAUGCGGAGCAUUUGUUACACUUAGUGAUUCUGCAACUUUACCAAAAAGUUUACAGCAUUUAAGAAGAAGUUGUGAACUAAAUGGAAUUAUUUCUCAAGUGAAGGUUAUUGGUAUUACUUGGGGGUUUUUUUUAUCUAGUUUAUUUUCUCUUGGACCAUUAGAUUUAAUAUUGGGAUCAGAUUGCUUUUUUGAUCCUACUGUUUUCGAAGAUAUAGUUGUAACUGUUGCUUUUUUGUUGGAGAGAAAUUCAACAGCUAAAUUUCUUUGUACUUAUCAAGAACGUAGUGCUGAUUGGUCUAUUGAACAUCUAUUAAAUAAGUGGGGUUUAACUUGUUCGCAUAUAUCAUUAGCAAAUCUUGGUGCUGAUUCUGGACUUGAUAUAAAUGAAUUGAUGCAAGAUCAUACAAUUCAUCUCUUGGAAAUCAAAAGAAAAUAAUUUUUAAUAUGUUACGUAAAACAACAGAUGCAUUUAAACUUUAUGUUGCUAAUAUACCAUGGACAGUAUCAAAUAAACAAUUAAAAGAUCA